CGGCGAGCCCUAACCCUAACAAUUUACUACUCAUAAAAUGAAUUGAUGAUGGCGUCUUCUUGUGGUCGCUUGAUAUGAUCGAGAUUCUCCGGUCGUUAGGCUUCUUCUCCUCACUUUCUUUCCGGCGGUGGAUGUUUUCUUCGGAGUUGGCGAUUCUUUGAUGGAGAUUUCUCGGCUGAUCUUGCAUCUAGGCUGAAGAUCUUUUCGAGAUUUGAAGAUUUUAUUUUUUUGUUCUCUGAUCGGAUGUUUAAGUUUAAUCGAUCGAAUAAUUGAAGUAUUGGUUGUGAAGACUUUGUGCGAAGCGAAGAGGGCUUUUUGGUUUUCUUCUCUCCCCUCGACUUGGGUUGCACCGAAUUGAUAGGAUUCCGGCGGUGGCUGAUUUAGAGUAGCAUUCUUGAAGGGCGCGGAUCACAUCAGAGAAGCUUUGGGCGAGUUUGGUUAGAGAUUAGAAUUAAAAAUAAUAAUAAUAAAAAAAAAGAGCUUUGUACUGUUUAUAUGAAUAUCAGGCCUUAUAUUUUUGAAGGCCAAUAGUCUGUUUCUGUGUUCAUCUUUUUCGUAUUAUUUUAUUUCUUUGAAUCAGAAGAAAACAAAAAUGGCUGUUUAUUACAAGUUUAAGAGUGCAAGAGAUUUUGAUUCCAUUCCAAUGGAUGGUGCUUUUAUUAGCGUUGGUACUUUGAAAGAAAAAAUAUUUGAAUCAAAGCACUUGGGCAGGGGUACAGACUUCGAUCUUGUGGUCACUAACGCCCAAACUAAUGAAGAAUACCUUGAUGAGGCAAUGUUAAUCCCAAAAAAUACAUCUGUUUUAAUUCGACGAGUUCCUGGAAGGCCUCGCUUGCCUAUUGUUGCUGCACCAGAGCCAAAGGUGGAUGACAAGGUUGAAAUUUCUCAACCAGAAAAGAAUACCUUCCCUGAGGCUGAUGCAUCUGUUAUGGGAUAUCCUGAAGACUCUGAAUGGGAUGAAUUUGGAAAUGAUUUAUAUUCAAUUCCUGAAAUGCCGCCUGCUCAGCCUAGUAAUCCACUUCCAGAUGCCCCCCCUGCAAAUAAAGCUGAUGAAGAUAGCAAAAUUAAGGCUUUAAUUGAUACACCAGCCUUGGAUUGGCAGCGCCAAGGUGCUGAUGGUUUUGGUCCUGGUAGAGGCUUUGGAAGGGGUAUGGGUGGUAGGAUUGGUGGACGCGGUUUUGGCCGAUUAGGAAUGGAGCGCAAAACACCUCCACAGGGUUAUGUUUGUCACCGGUGCAAGGUGCCUGGGCAUUUUAUUCAGCAUUGCCCAACAAAUGGUGAUCCAAAUUAUGAUAUUAAAAGAGUGAAACCCCCUACUGGCAUCCCAAAGUCUAUGCUAAUGGCUAACCCAGAUGGUUCAUAUGCUCUGCCAAGUGGUGCAGUUGCUGUGUUGAAACCAAAUGAGGCUGCUUUUGAGAAGGAGAUUGAGGGGUUGCCUACCACGCGGUCAGUUGGUGAUCUUCCACCUGAGCUUCAUUGCCCCUUGUGCAAAGAUGUUAUGAAAGAUGCUGUGUUAACAAGCAAGUGUUGUUUCACAAGUUUCUGUGACAAGUGUAUUAGGAACUACAUUAUCUCAAGAUCAAUGUGUGUUUGUGGGGCAACACACAUACUUGCAGAUGAUCUUUUGCCAAAUAAGACACUUAGAGAUACAAUUAAUCGUAUUUUGGAGUCUGGUAACAGCAGUGCUGAGAACGCUGGAAGCACUUUCCAAGUUCAAGAUAUGGAGUCUGCUCAAUGUCCGCAGCCUAAGAUCCCUUCCCCUACUGCAUCUGCUGCAUCAAAGGGAGAGCAGAAGCAAUUGCCUGCCAAUGAAGAAAACACUAACAUAACUGAAAAAGUGGAUGAGGCGAAACCAGCUGUUCCUCCUGUACAAGAGAAAGUGACGACCAUAAAACUGCCAGAUGCAUCGGAGGCUACAUUGGAGUCGAUGAGCAUGAAGGAGCCAGCAUCACAGGGCAGUGCCCCUCUUGCUGAAGAAGAAGUGCAGCAGAAGGUAGCUGCUGGUGAGGCAGGAAAGAAAAAGAAAAAGAAGAAGGCUCGCCUCCCAGCAAAUGACUUGCAGUGGAAAACCUCCCAAGACCUUGCAGCAGAUAGCUUUAUGAUGCCUAUGGGUCCCUUAGGAUGUAACCCCUACUGGAAUGGCAUGCAGCCUGGGAUGGAUGGCCUUGUUGGUCCUUAUGGUGGUCCAAUGCCCUAUAUGGGAUAUGGACUAGGUCCAUUUGACAUGCCCUUUGGAGGGAUGAUUCCUCCAGACCCCUUUGGUGCACAAAAUUACUUCUUUCCUGGUGUCCCACCUCAGAGGAUGGGCAUGAACCUUGCUCCACCACCCGUCAUGAGUAGGGAGGAGUUUGAGGCACGGAAGGCAGAUUUGAGGAGAAACCGUGAGAAUGAGAGAAGAGGUGACAGAGAGUUCUCCAGAGAUCGGGGCUUUGGUAGGGAAGUGAGCAGUGGUGGUGAUGUUACGUCAAUGAAAUCAAAAUCUAAGGUUAAUCCACUAUCGUCUGCUGGGGAGAACCACAGGCACCGAUCAGAGAGAUUGUCACCAGAACACAACUCACGCGACCUUGAACCACCACCCCGUCUUUCAAAGAGGAAAUCAGACCCCCAACAUGACCAUGAACGUGAUCGUGAUCCUGACUAUGAUGACCGUGAGAGAGAACGUGACCGCCACCACCAUCAGCGCCCAGAAUCCUCCUCAAAGCCCACCAUUGAAAUGAUCACCAAAGUGUCUCCCUCCUCAGCAAAUGCUGCAGACAAGAAGCAUAAGGGUAGUGUCUUCUCUCGCAUAAGUUUCCCAGAAGAAGAUGCCAGUAAGAGACGCAAGCCCUCCUCUGAACCUGCAUCUUCUUCUGCUCAUCACAGGGCAUCUUCCAAUGGUUACUAUGACGACCACAAGUCAUCGUCCACUGCUGCUGCUGCUGCUGCCAAAGCAGUGCCUGCUGCUAGUGGUGGUGUGAAGAAGAGCAGUAGCAGUGCGGUAGACUACGAGUCCAGUGAUGACGACCGGCAUUUCAAGAGGAAGCCUUCAAGACAUGAACCAUCGCCUCUUCCACUGGCUGGGAGGGAAGAGGAGCCGCGGCACGCAAGAGGGCACAGAGACCGGGAACGGAGCGGCUACAGCAAACACAGAUAGAAUACAGAAAUGCUAUCAGCUCCUAGUAGUGUAGCUGCGCUGCUUCUGCUUAUUUUUCCCUUCUUUUUUUUUUUUUGAAUAAUUUUUUUUUCCCUGAAUCUGACUGCUUCCAAGAAAAUAUAUUGCGGAGAAUAUUUCAGAUAUUCAUGCGAGCACUGUAAUCACUAUUGUAUUAUUUUGAGUAAUUAUUUUAUGAUAUUAUGGUUUUCUUCCCUAUUGAUGGUCUU